AAUGCGCAGGUCUUAUGGAGCGGCAUUCUACGUGAAGAGGCUCAAAAAUGGGCAGACGAACAUAAUAUGCAAACCUUGACGACUGUAAUGGGGCUCCUCAUGGACAAAAAGAAUCCCUUGUGCCCAAAUCAUGAUAAAACUAGAUCGAGUUGGACCAAGUAUAUCAAAGGAGCAUCUGCAGUAUUUGCGUGGUCAGUAUCAAGAGGGAAAACGGUUGUGGUACUAUCUCCACCACCUCCCCAGAGGUUCAAUCCAAUUGGGCUUACGAACUUCCAACUGAUCGAGGCUCCAAUUCUCCACUGGGCAGCAGCACUAAACCAUACUAGCUUACAAAUUUACAGUGUGCACCCAAUGGUAAAGGGAGCAGAAGACUUUCGCUACCAGAUUUGGCCUGUAGAUGACACCAAAAACUGG